AUGCUGCCGCUGCAACCCGGCGUGCCGGUGCCGCAGAAGCGCACCGGCGUCGUCUACAGCGCGGUGAUGAUGCUGCACAUGCAUCCCGACGAGCACUUCGACCGCGACGAGCAUCCGGAGAAGCCGGAGCGCAUCAGCGCCAUCUGGGACCGGCUCGAUGCACAUGGCUGCAUCAAGCGCAUGCGCCGGCUGCCGAUUCGCGAUGCGCUGCGUGAAGAGGUGAUGCUGGCGCACGACGAGGGCAUCUGGAACGGCGUAGAGUGGUCCGCCUUCUUCACCGACGACGCACUCGCGUCGCAGACGGAGCACCUCAACGGCGAGGACUCGCUCUACGUCAACGAGCACUCCGCCGCCUGUGCGCGUCUCUCGUGCGGCGGCGUCAUCGAGAUGGUCGAGGCCGUCGUCUCGGGCCGGAUCCGCAACGGCUUUGCCAUUGUGCGCCCGCCGGGCCAUCACGCAGAGCCGGAUCGCAGCAUGGGCUUCUGCUUCUACAACAACGUCGCCGUCGCGACAAAGGUGGCGCUGCAGAAGUACGGGCGGCGCGGCGAGUCGGCAGGGACCCUCAGCAAAGUGCUGAUCCUCGACUGGGACGUGCAUCACGGCAACGGCACGCAGUCGGCAUUCUACGAGGACGACGCGGUGCUCUACAUCUCGAUUCACCGCCACGAGGGCGGCAAGUUCUUCCCGGGCAAGCCCGACGGCGGCCACACGUUCUCCGGCGUUGGCGCCGGCCUCGGGCGCAACGUCAACAUCCCGUGGCCGGAAGGCGACAUGGGCGACGCCGAGUAUCUCGCCGCCUUCCAGCAGAUCGUCAUGCCCAUCGCCUUCGAGUACCAGCCUGACCUCGUCAUCAUCAGCGCCGGCUUCGACGCCGCCGAGGGCGAUCCGCUCGGCGGCUGUCACGUCUCUCCGCAGGGCUACGCGCAGAUGACGCACAUGCUCAGCGGCCUCGCCAACGGCCGCGUCGUCGCAGCGCUCGAGGGCGGCUACAACCUCGAGAGCAUCGCCUCGUCUGCGCUUGCCGUCACGGAGACGCUCCUCGGCGACCCGGUGCCUGCGCCGCAGCAGUCGCUGCGCUGCAAGGUGCUCGCCUCGCAGACGAUCCGCGAGGUGCGACGCGAGCAGGCGCGCUACUGGAAGGCGCUGCAGCAUGACAAGCUCGACCCCAUCGCGCACGACGACUCGGCGCUGCCCGACGGCACCGUGCACCCGCUCAGCACGCUUCUGCGGCGCGCACGCUCGGAGAGAGCUGCACAGCAGUACGGCCUGCUCGAGCUGCCGACGCCGUCGCCGUCUGGGAAGGAGGAGUUCGAAGGGAUGGUGCUCUGCACGCCGGACUUGUUCGAGCCGGAGAAGAAGGUCGUCGUCCUCUUCGUGCACGACCUCGGCAACCUCCGCGCGGAGCGCCCGUGGCUGAGCCUCUAUGCGGAUCAAGAGGCCGCCCACGUCAUCGACACGAGCAGCCGAGUGCUCGACUGGGCACUGAAGGAGCACAGCUACCGCCUCGUCGACGUCGCCGUGCCGAGCCUCGAGUGCGCAGAGAACGCGCAGCCGGAGGCCGGCUUUGAGCCGAACGGCGCGGCCUUUCAGCAGCUGCGCAACGUCUCGCAGCGUGCUGCUGCACUCGUCAACGUCGUCUACGAUCACUACGUCACGCAUCUCAUCGCCGCCGACACGCGGCUCGUCCUGAUCGGCCACGGCGCUGGCGCAGCGGCGCUGGUGCAGCUGCUCGCUAGCCGCGAGACGUCGCGCCUGCGAGACGGCGUCGCAGCCGUCGUCAAUGUGCUCAACCACAACGCCGUGCCGCUCAUGCCCGCCGGCGCGAGCCGCAAGACGCUGCGGCAGUGGUACACGCGCAAGUCGCUCGUGCUGCUGCCUUCCGACCACGUCAUCUACACCUCGUCGGAGCGCGAGGGCCGGCGCAUGGGCAACCUGCGGCAGAGCAAGCACCAGCGCAGCGUCGACAUUCUCUGCCACGAGUUCCACGUCAUCGAAGCCUUCAUCAACUCGCAGCUGCAGCAGCAGCGGCCCGCCGCGCCCGUCGUGGUGCUGCACUAG